AUGUCCUUCCCUGAAACUAUCCAGGCAAUUGCCAUCGACCAAAAUGGGGACGUUGACGUACUUCAGAAGAAGGUAGUUCCGUUCCCUGAGCAUGUGCCAGGGAAUGUCAUUGUUAAGAUUCAAUAUGCAGGUGUUAAUUUCAUCGAUACGUACUACCGGAAGGGUCUCUACCCUGCCAAGUCUUUCCCCUUGGUACUCGGCAUGGAGGCAUCAGGCACUAUCGUUGGUUUGCCUACGGACGAGAAGGUGCUAGCGGAUGAGCAAUAUAAGAAGCGAAUGUUCAAAAUUGGUGACAAAGUGGCAGUGAACCAAUCUAAUGUACAUGCAGAGUAUGCGUCUGUAUCGUGGGUUAGAGUGUAUCCUGUGCCCGAGUCUGUUUCGCUCUUAACGGCAGGUGCUGCGCUGUUACAAGGAUUGACUGCACUGACAUUCGUGACGGAGGCAUACAACGUCAAGAAAGGAGACUAUGUCUUCAUUCACACCAUUGCGGGCGGGCUCGGCCUCCUCUUUAGCCAGCUUUCAAAGGAUCGUGGUGCCAUCGUGAUUGGCACCACCUCGACGCCUGAGAAAGCGGAGCUUGCGAAACAGCACGGCGCAGAUCAUGUUAUUCUGUACCCAGUGGAGAACACCGUCGACCGUGUUCUGGAGAUUACGAAUGGCGAAGGCGUGCAUGUUGUCUAUGAUGGAGUGGGCAAGGACACGUUUGACAAUGAUUUCAAACUCUUGCGACGUAAAGGAACUCUCGUCGCCGUGGGUAAUGCGUCCGGACCUGCGCCUCCGGUCGCACCUCUACGGCUAGUAGAGAAAAACCUGGCUUUGCUCCGUCCAUCUUUCAUGAAUUACACAGUGACCCCCGAAGAAACACUGUACUAUGGAACGGAGCUGUUCAAACUGAUUACCGAUGGUAAACUGAAGAUCAAUGUCUUCAGGGAAUACCCAUUCACGACCGAAGGCAUCCGAGAGGCGCAAUCAGAUUUGACGACAAGGAGUGGGAAGACUGUUGGCAAGCUAGUAAUCAAAAUUGCGGACAAUUAG